AUGGCCACCGUAAAGAGGGCAGCUAGUGAUACCGCCGAGGCAAUUAAGGGAGUGAUCGACGCCUUCCAGCAACAUAUACGCGAGCUUAAGGCUUUGGGACGCCCAGUGGAAUUUUGGGACGAUUGGCUAGUAUACGACCUAGUCAAUAAAUUAGACUUCGACACACGAAAGCAAUGGGAGCUAUCACUCGUCACUGAUGAGCCUCCGUCAUUCGAACAGCUGUCCACGUUUUUAGAAGUUAGAUGUCGUUCUCUAUCAAUGCUAUCAUCGUCAACGGUCUUACUGCCAGCUAAGGGUAAAACCGCGUCGGUGUGUAAGUCUACGAAUGUGUUUCACGCAGUGGAAGAUCAGAACAGCACGGGCUGUAAAUUUUGUAACGGGCCACACAAAAUAUACAGUUGUGAAAAAUUUCGGGACCUUGACGCAAACGGUAAAUCAAAAUUUGUGAGAGAAUCGCGCGUGUGUAUGAACUGCUUGAGUUCAGGCCAUUAUAAGGCAAAGUGUAACAGGAUUUGCCAUCAACGCCAUCACACGCUGUUGCAUAAUACUGCCGCUACAACUAACGCUACAACCGUUGCUCAUUUCGUCAACAGCGCCUCUCUUAGGCCUUUCUCCCCCGCCGCAGACGUCAUGCAUCAAUCCAACGCAACUGUUUCAUCCGCUAACGGUCCUUCCACAGACACCGCUGCUGCCUGUACGUCUCCCUAUUUGAAUGCCAAUCCCAACCAACCUCAUCCAAGAGAAAGAAUUGUGCUGUUGGCGACCGCCUUAGUCAAGGUACGCGAUUGUUCUGGUCAUUGGCAACCCGCUCGCUUGCUGUUUGAUUCUGGUUCGCAUGCUUCCUUCGUAACCGAGUCAUGUGUACAACGCUUGGGAUUACCGCGAAAAGGGUCCGCAAUAUUGAUUUCUGGAAUUGGUUCCUCCCAAGAGAUACGCUCUAGCGGUGAAGUAUUACUUUCAUUAUCAUCUUAUUUUUCAGCCCAAUGCUUUACUGUUGACGCAUUGAUUCUGCCUAAAAUCACAAGCGAUUUGCCAACACAGCCCUUGAAAGUUUCGGCGUGGCCGCACAUACAAGAUCUAUUUUUAGCCGAUCAGCACUUCAUGAAACCCGGACGUAUCGAUAUCUUGGUCGGAAUGGACGUCAUGGGACAGCUCCUCUGCUCGGAGAUUCGUAAGAGUACACCCGGUACGCCCAUGGCUCAGCGAACGGUUUUCGGUUGGACGUUGUUUGGAAAUGUCGAUGGAUCCGAAUCCACUUCGCUCGGCUUACAGUCUCUGCAUUGUGAAGUUCAUUUAGAUCGAGCGCCUACUAGACUUUGGGAGUUAGAAGAAGCACCGAAAAAGACCCACGUCUCCUGCGAAGAACGCUAUUGUGAAGAGAUUUUCGAAAAAAACGCACAGAAGGUCACCUGA